AUGACCCUGCUGUUGCUACGAGGCGCGGAGGCGGGGCCAUCACCCCAGCCCUCGGUGGCCGUCUCCAACUUCAACCGGGCUGUUGCAGCGAUCCAGGGCUCCCCUGCUUCAAGUAGCUGCCAGCUGCAGCUAUUUGCUCAAGCAACAUACAAGCCGGGCAGCACAACCGUCGCUGGCACGUUGACGGUCACCAACCCCACGAGCGCGGCCAUCAAUGUCUUCAGCCCCCCGACUGCAAUCGUCACUUCAGUGGUUCCAAAGUCCCAGAAUAGCUCCCCCGCCGUCAAGGCCCUCUUAGCCUCUGACAAGGAGGGCGCCCUCCGCCAGUUCAACCCAUACUCCGGCCCCUACUACGGCACCAACGGCUUUGAUUACAUCAUGGCCAUCGACGAGAUGACCAUCCCCGACUGCUUUGCCGGUGCCAGCCCGGUCUACGGGCAGACCAAGGCGGUCCAGAUUGGCCCCAAGCAGACGGUCACCUGUAAGUUCACGGUGAACAACGCCGUCAUCCAGGGGACAGACCCCAAGGCAGUGGUCGUCUCGGUCGCGCGGCUGCAGACAGCGCGAGACGCGCAGGCCAUCGUCAGGGGAGACAGCGGCACCUGCGCAGCACUGGCCAAGCUUGGUGCCUGA